AUGACGGGCGGCAGGUUCGACUUCGACGAUGGCGGCACCUACUGCGGCGGCUGGGAGGAGGGCAAAGCCCACGGGCACGGCAUCUGCACCGGGCCCAAGGGACAGGGCGAGUACGCGGGCUCCUGGUCCCACGGCUUCGAGGUGGUGGGCGGCUACACCUGGCCCAGCGGCAACACCUACCAGGGCUACUGGGCGCAGGGCAAGCGCCACGGGCUGGGCGUGGAGACCAAGGGCAGGUGGAUGUACCGGGGCGAGUGGUCCCACGGCUUCAAGGGGCGCUACGGGGUGCGGCAGAGCCUCACCACCCCGGCCCGCUACGAGGGCACCUGGAGCAACGGGCUGCAGGACGGCUACGGCGUGGAGACCUACGGGGAUGGAGGUACAUACCAGGGACAGUGGACAGGAGGGAUGCGGCACGGAUAUGGUGUACGUCAAAGUGUACCUUAUGGCAUGGCAACUGUGAUCCGUUCACCCCUCCGAACAUCUCUAGUCUCACUUCGUAGUGAGCAGAGCAAUGGCACUGUUCUGCAUGACAUUACUUCAGACAGCCCAGCUGGAACAAGAGGUGGGUUUGUUUUGAAUUUUCACAGUGAACCGGAAGCCAUGGGUAGUAAGAAAAGAGGAGGCUUGUUCAGAAGAGGAUCCCUUCUUGGUAGUAUAAAACUUAGAAAAUCUGAAUCUAAAUCAUCAAUAUCUAGCAAACGUAGCUCUGUCAGGAGUGAUGCUGCUAUGAGCAGAAUUAGUUCUAGUGAUGCCAACUCUACGAUUAGUUUUGGAGAUGGUGACUGUGAUUAUUGCCCUAUGGAAGACCAUGUUGAUGCCACCACAACAGAAACGUACAUGGGAGAGUGGAAGAAUGACAAGCGCAAUGGUUUUGGUAUUAGUGAGCGUUCAAAUGGUAUGAAAUAUGAAGGAGAAUGGCUAAAUAAUAAAAGGCAUGGAUAUGGAUGCACCAUAUUUCCAGAUGGCACAAAGGAAGAGGGAAAAUAUAAAAACAAUGUUUUGGUCCGUGGAAUAAGGAAGCAACUUAUACCAAUAAGAAACACCAAAACUAAAGAAAAAGUGGAUAGAGCCAUAGAGGGUGCACAAAGGGCAGCUGCUAUGGCAAGAACCAAAGUGGAAAUUGCAUCUUCAAGGACUGCACAUGCAAGAGCUAAAGCUGAUGCUGCGGAUCAGGCUGCUCAGGCUGCUCGCCAGGAAAGUGAUAUUGCAAGAGCAGUUGCCAGAGAACUUUCACCAAGUUUCUACCAACCAGGCCCUGAUUAUAUCAAACAAAGAUUUCAAGAAAGUGUGGAGGUAAAAGAAAACCCUGAAGAAAAGGUUCAAGAAAAAACACCUUCCCCCAAAGAGUCUCCUCAUUUUUAUCGAAAAGGUACCACACCCCCUGGGACACCUGAAGCAAGCCCAAAGCACAGUUCUCCUCUUCCAUCUGAGCCUUCCCCUACCAAACAAUUGAAAAGACAAAACUCCAGCUCAAAGGCGAGACUCACUCAAGAAAAAAAGAGUUUAGCUAGUGAGACUGUAACAGCCGUGGUCAACAAGCCUCUAUAUUCAAAAGUACCCGUAAAGGAGGAGAUAGCGGUGAAACAUCAGCCAAAGUUUUCAGCCCACCACAAUCCCAUCAGCACAGAGAAUGGGGAACUGCAUGGUCAUUACCAUGGCUACUACGUAAAAAUGAAUCCAGCACUGCUUCCACAUGAGCUCAGGGAGGAGGAUGAAGAUGUCAACCCAUCACCUUCAGCACUCACACGGAUACCAACUCCACAGAAGCCAAGUCCUGCCAGAUCUGUGACUAAUCCAGAUGCCAAAGAAAGCAAAUCUGAUACAAAAGUAAAGAAACCUGAACUUGCUGCACCAAAGAAUCCCGCUAAUAAUGAGUCCCUUUCUUCAGCAGAAAAAGAAGUGGAAAUCCAUUUGGGUCCUAACUCAGUCAUGAUUGCCCUGGUAAUGCUGUUGAAUAUUGGUUUAGCCAUUCUUUUUGUCCAUUUUCUAACUUGACUGGAAUUAGAGAAGUGAAGUCAUGACAACUAG